AUUGGUGGUAUUGGCGUGGGAAAGCAUAUGAAGAAGGAAGCAUCUGAAGCCAUGUCAGAUACGGGUACAUCGUUUAUUGGUGGUCCGAAAAGUGAGAUUGAAAGGAUUGCCAAAGCAGUUGGAGCCAAGUACGUAGAAGAGUACGAAGUUUAUGAGAUUUCUUGCAAUGCUAAACCCCCAAGUAUCAACAUCUACAUUGGAGCUAACAAAUACUCGAUAGAAUAUGCAAACUACAUAGUUGACGCUGGUGACGGCAUGUGCAUUCUUACACUAUUUGCUGAAGAAUCUCUAGGGUUUGGCCCACCUUGGCUUCUCGGCGAUCCCUUCAUUCGCCAAUACUGUAAUAUUCACGACAUGAAACAAAAGAGAAUAGGAUUUGCAAAGCCCAUUGCUAAGUAA